AUACGCGCUUCUUCGCCUCGAAAUAUUGUGAGAAUGCGGCGGCCGUCCGAUGAAUCUUCCCGUUUGGCGAGAAACUUCAGGCGGUGUCGGUUUUUUUGACAGACGGCCGUAGAAGCUAAAGCUAGCCUCGCUGCUGUGUGGGAGAGCGGCGGCGGCGGCGGCGAGGCUAAACCAUAGCAUGUUGUUGCACCUGUAAAAAUAGGCCUGACGGAGAGAAUAACAUUCAUUUAAUUCCACUCACUUGACGCGUUGGACGUUUUUUUUUUUUUUUAAAUUUUGUGUCGCUAAUUUCAACCAGCGAAACGUUGAGCAGCGGACCGCGAAAAGGCUGCUAAGGCUAAUAUAACGUUUUCUCCUAUUAACCGUCAUAUAUAGUUCAAGGUGCGAGCUACACGAAAUAAGCUAAUGUACAUAAGUGAAGCUCAUUAGUUUGCUAGCCUUGUAUUUAAACAAAAAAAAAAAACAGCCUAAUGUCAUCUCAGUUUCCCCUAAUAGCGAGGUGUUUUUUCGGUUAAAUAUGCUCACAGAAAUAUUUAACCCGGUUUUAGAUGCUCAUCUGUCAUCCGAGGUGUCGUAAUUCAGUUCUCCCCUACAUGUUUCAUUUAGUAACUUCAGAGUGUUGUCAUGUUCUAAAAAAAUGCAGCCCUCUCUAAGUUGAGCAUCACCUUGUAUCCCACAAUAACUUCUGUAUACAAUAUCACAGUAAUUGCAAUAACCACAGUGCAGUAGUAGUAAUAAUACUUGUGUAUCAGCCUCCAGUCAGAGCAGUAUGAGUAAGGAACUGUCUCUAAGUCAGUCAGCUCAAUAUGUUGGGCCCUAUCGACUGGAGAAGACUCUGGGGAAGGGACAGACAGGACUGGUCAAACUGGGGGUCCAUUGUAUUACGGGUCAGAAGGUAGCGAUCAAAAUAGUCAACAGAGAGAAGCUGUCUGAGUCAGUCCUGAUGAAGGUUGAGAGGGAGAUUGCCAUUCUGAAACUGAUUGAGCAUCCGCAUGUGUUGAAGCUGCAUGAUGUUUACGAGAAUAACAAAUACCUGUACCUGGUGUUGGAGCAUGUGUCUGGAGGAGAGCUGUUCGACUACCUGGUGAAGAAGGGCCGGCUAACUCCGAAAGAGGCCAGGAAGUUCUUCAGGCAGAUCAUCUCUGCUCUGGAUUUCUGCCACAGUCAUUCCAUCUGUCACAGAGACCUGAAGCCUGAGAAUCUGCUCCUGGAUGAAAAGAACAACAUUCGCAUCGCUGACUUUGGCAUGGCCUCCCUACAGGUGGGAGACAGUCUGCUAGAAACCAGCUGUGGAUCACCACAUUAUGCUUGCCCUGAAGUUAUACGGGGGGAGAAAUACGAUGGACGGAGAGCAGAUGUGUGGAGCUGUGGGGUCAUCCUGUUUGCCCUGCUGGUGGGUGCUCUGCCGUUUGACCAUGACAAUUUACGCCAGCUCCUGGAAAAGGUGAAGAGCGGUGUGUUCCACAUGCCCCACUUCAUCCCACCGGACUGCCAGUCUCUGCUCAAGGGCAUGAUUGAGGUCAACCCUGAAAAGAGGCUCACGCUAGAGGCCAUCCAGAAACACGCCUGGUACCUGGGUGGUCGUAAUGAGCCGUGUCCCGAGCAGCCUCCUCCCAGGCGAGUGUGCGUGAGGAGAAUCUUGUCCCUGACUGAGCUGGACCCAGAUGUGUUGGACAGCAUGCACUCACUGGGUUGUUUCCGAGAUCGAGUCAAGCUCACGCGUGAUUUGCAAUGUGAAGAAGAAAACCAGGAGAAGAUGAUCUAUUAUCUACUACUGGACAGGAAAGAGCGUUACCCCAGCUAUGAGGAUGAGGACUUACCUCCGCGCAAUGACGUAGAUCCUCCGCGAAAGCGUGUCGACUCCCCGAUGCUGACGCGUCACGGCCGCUGCCGUCCUGAGAGGAAAAGCCUGGAGGUGCUGAGCGUUACUGAGCAGGGGUCUCCCACCCCGCCUCGCAGGGCCCUGGACACAGCUGCACACAGCCAGAGGUCUCGCUCAGUCAGCGGAGCAUCCACUGGUCUCUCCUCCAGCCCUCUCAGCAGUCCCAGGGUCACUCCCCAGGGCUCUCCGUUGCCCACACCCUUGGGCACCCCUGUCCACCACCCUCACCACCCUUCCUCCACCCCGCCCUCCUCUUCCUCGUCCUCGUCCUCCUCGCGGGCGGAGGGAGGGGGAGGGGUGGGCUCGCUGUCGCUGACCCCGCCUUCAAGCCCAGGAGGGGGAAGUGGCAUGGCGGCCAGCAGCUCCGCCCACUGGAGGACCCGCCUCAAUUCUUUCAAGAACAACCUGCUGGGCUCGCCCCGUUUCCAUCGCCGUAAAUUGCAAGUUCCCACAUCAGAAGACAUGUCCAGUCUAACACCAGAAUCCAGCCCAGAGCUGGCUAAGAAGUCAUGGUUUGGGAAUUUCAUCGGCUUGGAGAAAGAGGAGCAGAUCUUUGUGGUGAUCAGAGACAAACCUCUGAGUUCCGUCAAAGCCGACAUCGUCCACGCGUUCCUGUCUAUCCCGUCUCUCAGUCACAGCGUCCUCUCGCAGACCAGCUUCCGGGCCGAGUACAAGUCCUCCGGCGGCCCCUCCGUCUUCCAGAAGCCCGUCAAGUUCCAGGUGGACAUUGCCUUUUCCGAGGGCGAGAGGGAACGGGACAGGGAGAGGACCGAGAGGGAGGGGAGGAGGGAGACAGGAAUCUACAGCGUGACGUUCACCCUCAUAUCAGGUCCGAGUCGCAGGUUCAGACGAGUGGUGGAGACGAUUCAAGCUCAGCUUCUCAGCUCCCAUGAUCAGCCACUGGUGCAAGCCCUAUCUGAUGAGAAGAACGGCCGGCCCCACGGGACCCCCACCCGCCAAAACUCGAGGCGCUCUGAGGGUGGGGGCGACAGGUGCGAGUGGGGCGACCGAGCAGAUGGCGGAGGCAUAGGAGGCAGCGGGGGAGUUCUGCAGCGCAGAGGCUCGGCAAAAGAGAGAACCCGACUGCUGUCCUCCAACGGAACCCAGUCCCAACCGUAGGAUAGAAAGUGAGACCACACAGCAGGAUGCCUGAACUACACCAGAAAGAAGACAGUAUAACUUCAUCUCCAAGUAUCCCUGCAAGCCAUGAGCUACUCCUAUUCUUCCUAGACUAAGUUAUUGAAGGUGCUUGACCAUAGCAAGGAUCGAGCCUUUCCCCGCCCCCCCCCAUGCAUUUUUUUCCAACUCGACAUUCUCUUGAUCUUUCGGAUCACCAGGAUUCCUACCCUUAAAUAACAAGGAAGUGUUAAGGAACCACCCUUUAAUUAAAAAAAAAAAUAAUAAUAUGUGAAUGAGCAGUUUGGUAUCCAUCAUAGAUACAGCUUCACAGAUCAAACUAGGAUUUUUGAAGUGCUAAUGUGCAUGCCAGUUAGCAAAUCAGCCUGCUAAAGGAUGCUGACACGAUCAGAUAGGCUAGUCUACCAUAUCAUUGUAAUACAGUAUCUGACACCAAAAAGAAACAACAGUCUUGUGAUGGUUCUCAAGAUUUACUCUUUAAAUUAACCCGUGCGCUCAUAUCACUAUCAAGCAACAUGCAAAUACCAGUCCGUACUGAAAGAAAUAUAAAUGCAUCCUAAAGAGUCAACAACCUGCUACCACCUCAGUGAGUGGUGACGAACAAAAGGUCCUGUUUUUCUCAGGAGAAACUACCACCUGGAAUUCCAGCAGUGUCUUCUCCUGAGGUAAAGAAAACCAACAAAGUAAGCUAAGUAAGUGAAUGUGAAAUAAAUAUUUUUUUAUUUAGUUUUUAUUUAUGUUUACAUACUUCUUUUGAGGAUGUCAGUAGCACAGUGAUCGCAGUAACAACAGCAGCUGAAACACUACGGUGUUGGACAGGGGAAGCUGACAGGCAUUCAUUUAAAGUUCAAUGUUUCGAUUCUUUUGUAUUUCCUUUUUACUCAGAGACAAUACGAAGCGAUGCAUCCGAGAUUUUUUUUUUUGCAUUGGACCCUUGUUGCUCUGAAGGAAAGUGUUUUUUUGAUUUGAACAGAAAUAUGAACAUUACUAUAUGGGAAAAAAACAAAAAAAACACUACGCGUGAAUAGUUCCAUGAACCUCAUCACAGCUGUUUGGAUUGAAUGAGAAGAGCAUUCCCGACCUGUGGAUCAAACAGAAACCACCUUUCUCGUCGAGCUUGUCUCCUGUUGCCAUAGUAUUCACGUACUGACUUAUAACAAAAUAAAACAACGGAAAAAAAGAAAAAAAAAAAAAAACCCAACACACACAUACACACAAAGGAAAAUUCAUCAAUGGACGUUUUCAUGAUGCCGGACUUACGAGGCUUGCAGUGUCUUGAUGAACAGGACUUCAAAAUGGGAAGCAAGCAGAGUCUCCUAACCCCACGCUCCUCAUUUCAGUGUUCACCAACGAGCCAAGUAGUCCAUCACUGCACCCACGCUCAUCACCGAGAGUCGCACCAUUCUGCAAGCAGACGUAGCAACUCGGACAGUCGCGUAUUACUCCAGUACUCUGUCAGACCAGUCGAUGUUCAUCACCAGUCUUCCAUACAGCACAAUAUGCAAGAAAAGUGCAGAAUGUUUUCAGAGAGAUACACAGUGCUACGUUUUUUUUUUGUUGUUUAUUUGAAUGCUUUAUUUAUGUAUUUCUCCACGUCUCAAAC